AUGGCGGUGCUUUGCCAGAAGGGCCAGAAGUCUGCGGAAGAUCCUACUCCGAACCAGGACAACUACUUUGCUCUGCACGUUGGUUCCGUCGGGCUCUACGGCGUGUGCGACGGGCACGGCCCCUUCGGCCACUUGGUGUCCUUUCGCUUAGUACAGUCUCUUCCGCACUUCUUGACGACCAACGCAAACUGGGGCAAGGACUGGGCGACCUGCAUGAAGGAGGCAUUCCUGGCGGCCCAGCAAGAACUGCUGAACUUCGCGAGGGUGGAGGGCUUCAGCGUGGAAGCCUCAGGUGCUGCCGGCUCGGUGCUGGUCUUUGAGGGGCCGUUGGUUCACGUUGCGCACAUCGGAGACGCAGGCUGCUUGGUGGCCUCCUGGAACCGUCACGAUUCCCGCGUACUCUACGGCACCGAGGAGACCACAAGCCCAACAGCCCGGGUGAGCGCGAGCGCUUGGAAGCCGCUGGCAGCGAGGUGCGGCAGGCGCGGCGCUCGCAGCGGGAUGUCAAGAGCUUUCGGCGACACCGCUUGCGCCGGAGUUAUUCAGGAGCCACACUACCACCAGAUGUUUGUGCAGCCCACCGAUGAGGUGUAUGCCAUCAUCGCCUCCGAUGGCAUUUGGGAGUUCCUGGACUACGCCAAAGUCGUGGACUUGUCCGCCAAGAAGCUGCGGCUGAAAGGUCCCCGGGAGGCGGUCGGACACCUGGUGGAUGCUUCCAGGAAGCGCUGGGCUGCUUACUGCGGCGAUUACUGCGAUGACAUCACUGCCAUGCUGGUGAAGUGGAACGUGAAUGCAAAGGGCUCCGACAACAGCACCAACUACGAAUUCGCCUUGACGCAGCCAGA